UUUUUUCCAUUCAAAUGAAAGAUUUUGAUUGUUUACAAUUACGCAGAAAUUAAUUAAUUGGUUUUAUUUAAUUUGUUUGGAUUUUUUUGGUUCACAAGUUUAUUUAGAUUUGAUUGAAAUGUUUGGUUUAGUGUCCAGAAUUGGUAACAACUUUAAUGUUUGUCGGUUGGUCCAACAAUCAUCUCAAUUUAGUGUAACCAGAUUUUCAACCAGUGAUAAUAAUCAAAAGACUGACAAUGUCAAUGGUAAAUUUGAUUGUAUUGAUUUAGAUAAUGGUACUGAACCUCCGAUACCAUUGUACCAACGUUUUAAUGAAAGUAUUGAUGUUAAAAGAGCCCGUUUAUUGUAUCAAAGUCGAAAACGUGGAAUGUUGGAAAAUGAUUUACUUCUGAGUACAUUUGCUCAUCGUUAUUUGGAUACAUUUGAUGGUAAACAAUUGGACAUUUAUGAUAGUUUGAUUAAUAGUCCAUCAAAUGAUUGGGAUCUUUUCUAUUGGGUUGUCGGUAAAAAGGAAACACCAUCAGAAUUUAGUAAUCCGAUUAUGGAUCUACUCAAGGAACAUGCUAAAAACCAUCACAAGGAAAACAGGACUCGACAGCCAACCCUUUAUUAAGGUGAUCGAAAAUCUCAGCAAAAUAAAUAAUCAACAAAUUGGAAUUACAAUUAGUAAUUAAUGUAAAUUCUAUAAUAGAUUUUAGUGUCAAAUUGUAUAAAUUCAAUUAAAGAGGUAAGAUAAAUGUGCUGAUAAAAA